AUGGCAAAGAAGAGGAAGGCUGGUGGUGGCGCAUCGCGCGCGCCUAAAGCGCCAAAAGAAGAGGAUUCCCGAAUGAGGAUCAACACGUUUGAGGAUGUCGCGGAUUCCGAGGACGAGUUCCACAUGAAUCGCGAUAAGAUACUGUUGGACGAAGGGCCGGCGGCCAAGCGGAUGAGGAAGUACCAGGAAGAGGACAAAUUCCUACAGCCCUCUGACGAAGAAGUACUCGACGCCGGCAGCGACGACGACGAAGAUGAAGAAGAUGAAGAAGAUGACGACACCGGUGAUGAAUCAGAAGACGAUAUCACGGGACAGCGCAAACCAGCAGACGAAGAUGAAGAAGAAGACGUGGGUGGAUGGGGCGCCUCGAAGAAGGACUACUACGACGCCGAUGCGAUAGAAACGGAGCAAGACGCGCUAGACGAGGAAGCGGAAGCACGGCGCAUACAAAAGAAGCAGUUACAGAGCAUGACAGAGGCAGACUUUGGCUUCGACGAGGACGAAUGGAUGGCGGAAGAUGGCGAGAAGGCUGCCGAAGGAAGUGCUGUAGUGACAGAGGUUCUGCCGCAACUCCAGAUCACCGAAAGCAUGUCUGAGGAGGAGAGGAUGAAGAUUAUGCGGACACGAUACCCCGAGUUCGAGCACAUUUCGAAAGAAUACUUGAGGCUACAGCCGCUACAUGAAGAAUUGGCCGCUGCUGCCAACGCCGCCGAAAGGGUGCUGAAAGCGCAAGCUGCGAAGUCAGGGAAGACUGGCAGAACUCUACCUACACCAAAGGCCGUCACAAAGUACAGGGCUUGCGCAGCAUAUCUCGCAGCCAUGGCCAUGUAUUUUGCUGUACUCGGUUCGACUGCAACAGACGAUGGAUCGCCAGUCAUUGCCAUGGACCCUGCUGAGCUACACGAGCACCCCGUCAUGGAGACUCUUCUGAAGUGCCAAAAGGUGUGGAUGAGGAUAGAGGACCUACCCCUCGGAGACCCCAUGGUCGAGGCCGAAGACGACGAAGAAGACUCCUUUGUGGAUGAAAUCAGCGUCGAAGGACUCGAAAAUGACCUGUCUGUCAAGAAGCCCACCAAGCAAAAGAAGACGCGCGCAGAACGAGCCGCAGAGCUGGCCCGCGCAGAAGCUUCAGCCCGCCGCGCCGCAAAACUCGCAAAGACCGAAGAAGACCUUGCCUCCCUCGAUACCCUCACCGACAAAGCCGCUCUCAAGAAGGCAGCCCGCAAGAAGAAGACACCAGCGGUCGAAUCCAAGCUCAACCUCCUCAACGCAGACGACUCCGACUUUGGCGAGGAAACCGAACUCACCGCCCACGAAGCCGCCGAAAAGGCAAAGAAGAAGAAAUCCCUCCGCUUCUACACCUCCCAAAUCGCUCAAAAGGCCAACAAGCGCGACAACGCUGGUAAAGACCAGGGCGGUGACGCUGAUAUCCCUCACCGCGAGCGUCUCAAGGACAGACAAGCGCGUCUGCAAGCCGAAGCUGAGAAGCGGGGUCAGCACAAAGAUGCUGGCCCUGGUGUUGCUUUGGGUGAAGACGAUGGCGCUUCUUCUGCUGAUGAAGCGCCCGGUACUAGGCGCGAUGACUUUGAAGACGAAGAUGGGUACUACGACAUCGUAGCUGCGCGGUCCAACGAUAAGAAGCAGACUAAGCUUGAACGCGCCGAAGCUUAUGCCCUGGCUAAGAAGGAAGGUGCGCAGGUUGUGGAGGAAGAAGUCAUUGGCGAUGAUGGCCGUCGUAUGAUUUCUUACCAGAUUCAGAAGAACAAGGGAUUAACGCCUCAUCGUAAGAAGAGCGUGAGGAACCCGCGCGUCAAGAAAAAGGAGAAGUACAAGGAGAAGCAGAAGAAGCUUAAGAGUAUGAAACAGGUGUUUGAUAAGGGUGCUGCGGCUAAGGGCAGUGCGAACUAUGGUGGUGAACUUACGGGUAUCAAGUCUGGGUUGGUUAGGAGUAGGAAGUUGUAG